AACAAGGGCUGGGUUUGCCCGUGCAUCCUUAGUUUCUUCACUUUUGCACAUUUCAUAUGCUACGCGAGAUAUUGUAGCAGGUAAAUACGCCUAGUUGCAUUCAGCUCGACGAAGCAGGAUAGUCAUCGCUUUGAAUCUUUUCUUGCAUUAUGCAAGGACAGUCAGUGUGCAAAAGGUGCGGCUACGUCAUUCUCGUAAAACAAUGAGCGUCUCGUCCGCUGUGAAAGAAAGUAACGAGCCUGCUGACUGCGACUGUGGCUAGCACUCCGACUUGGCCGCCACCGCAAGAAAAUAAGCGGAUUAAAAGCAGGCAAGCACAUUUUCUCUUUUUCUUUUUUAAGAAAACAGGAGGGAACUUCACGGCUGUAACUGAAUGACCUAAAAGUUUCACUGUAUGUAUAUGCACACUUGGCAAGCAUAAUAAAAGAAGAAAUCAUUUUACGCAACACAGGCUAACAUACUCAUGAGACCAAAUUACAGUACAGAGAAAACUAAAAAAAAAAAAAAAAGGACGACGAACGUGACCAGGGCAGGCUGUUGUGAUGCGAAUGAUUAAAGAAGACUUGUCGUCUACAACUUCUCACGACCCGCGCGAGGAAGUUAUCUUUCUCCACUAUGGGAAACGGUCUUGCUGCGUCAGCCUGGUAAUAGAUGCAGCGCGACGUCAUCGUUGGAGAUCUCUGUUCGGUCACACGUCCAUAACAAUCGCGCCGAGGUCAGAUGUCGCGUUUCACUCGUUGCGUAUUUUGUUUCACGCGAACUGUUUUCGCACCGCCCGCUGGACGGGAACUCCGGCGUCCGGAGUCGAAGGCUGUCGACCAGGAGGCGGCAAUUACAUGUGAGCCGCGUCGGGGUGGGGGGGCGUCGGCGGUGGGCACAGUUUCCCUUCUCCCUCUAUCGUUCUUCCUCCUCGCGCCAAUCUCGUGCACGGACUCGGAGCGCAGAGAAACUAGCCGUGAGGCCAUUGACGUAAAGACACGCGGACGCCCUCUCCUCUGACACACGUUGAGCGAGAGGAAGGGAGGGGGGGAGGUGAGUAUGUCUCCUUCACGGCCACAAAGGCCCACCGCGACCAAGGCUGAUUUCCAUACGCCCGAACGGAGGCGCGCACACACAUCACAGUAGGCCACCGGAGGCUUUACGGGGCGCGAGCUUUUAGAGACCGCGGUGCCAUCCCGAACCGCACACAGAGAGGCCGCGCUCCGGAGGAGACUGCUGCUGCUCCCGCGCUCACGCUUCCGACGAUCUCGGCUCGAUCGACUGUUUUUGCGUCUGGAGAACCACCGCCACAGUUGACGCGACAGCCCUACGUAGACAAGCGACUGUCGUGCCGGCUUACCCCCCGAGACACCAUGGCGCGGGCGCCGGGCCGAAACGUGUUUCUUCUCCUUCUGGGAGCGUCAGCCGUGCUCAUCAGUACUACCAAGACCGCUGCCGCGCAUAACAGCACUGCCGAAGCGCUCACUACACUCGCUGCUGUCAUCGAUAUGGCCACGACAACACAAGCACCAGAGCUGAACAUGGUGGAUCGCAUGCGCAAGGCUGUUCGCGAGCGCCUGGACGCUUCUUACGACAGCAUGGCCGAGCAGUUUCUGAACGCCAAAAUGUCACGGCAGUGCGCCUUCAAGUUGCUGAAGUUCGUCCACGGCUUGAGGAACUUCGAGCCAUGGACGCUGCGAAUGAUCGAUGCGUCGGGCAAGUACCCAACCGGCCUGUUCCAGGGAUCGCUGUCCGAUCUGGGCGCUUACGACCAGUGCAUCGAGACGGUAAUCCGGGACGAGUACGGGGGAGAGAAGGUGCGCGCCCAGUACUGCAACCUGUACAUCAAACUAGGAAAGGACAUGUCCUUCCUAGAACACGUGGAUGAGGCCCUACGCCUCUCACACAGGAGGACACCAACGUUUUCCAGGUUCCAGAACGACGACAUCGUACACGGUGUGAAAAUCGGUCUUUGCAUAGUCCACGAAUGCAAGCCAGAAGACAUUGAAGCCAUCGCUGGCAUCUUUAUCACCGGGGAUACCAAGGUCACGGUGACGGACUGUGCCACGAACAUACCUCCGGAAAUCAGCACUACGCAGGCGGCAAUCAUUGGCGUCCUAGGAGUGAUCGCAUUCCUCAUGGCAGCGAGCACAGCGAUAGACAUCUACCUGAACAACACACGUGGAGAUGAACCAAGAGGAACGGCACUGACAGCACUGUCGAGCUUCUCCCUGGUGGCCAACUCGAAGAUGCUGGUGAGGGUGACCGACGACAAGCAGUCGGACGCAUACAAGCUACGGUUCCUGCACGGAAUGCGCUUCUUCAGCAUCGGCUGGGUCGUCCUCGGUCACUCGUACAGCACUUUCAACUUCACCAACAUGUCUCGCCUUGUCAACGCUCUUCAUUACGGAGAUAACAUCUUGUUCUGUUUCAUCAUGGCCGGCUACCUCAGUGUGGACACUUUUUUGUUCCUCGCGGGUUAUCUGUUGACAUACAACUUGCUGAGGGAACGCUCUAACGCUCUCUUUGGUACUAUCAUCGCCAUUAUCAGAAGAUACAUCAGGGGAACCAUACCCAUUUUCUUUUGUAUUAUGUGCACAUUCAUUGCGCCGUUGAUGUUCCAAGGUCCCACUACGCCGACGCUGUAUAAGUUAUUCUAUAAGGAAAUCCGGACGCAAUAUUGGGCACUCUUGCUUCAGAUUAGAAACUUCACCGGAAAGCUCCACAUCGGGAUGUACGGUCACCUGUGGUACAUGUCGACGGAUUUCCAGCUCUUCGUGAUCUCUGUUAUAGUCAUCCAGUUUUUCAAGAAAAAAAUAUGGACGACCAUCAUUGUGUUUGGAAGCCUCUCCCUCAUUGCUUGUUCGAUAUCUGCUUGGCAAGUCUCGAACACAAUUUACACACCCUUCGUUCUUCCGAUGGCAGACAACUUCACGGUCAUGACUGGGACGCUCAACAAGUUCUACACACACCCGUCGUACCACGGCGUCGCCUUUUUCUUCGGAGCGAUGACGCAGCUGUUCCUGUUCAAGUAUCCCUCAGUAAAAAUUAGCAAGAUGUUCCAGGCGGGCAUGUGGCUGAUGAGCGCCGCGUGCGGGCUCACUGCCAUCUUGAUCAUGUACGACUGGAACCGCGGCGAGCACCCGCCCGAGUGGGCCAAGCUGUCGUUCGCCUUCUCCGAGCGGCUUCUGUGGUCCGUCUGGCUCUCCUGGCUCACCUUCGCCUGCUCCACCGGCCGGGGCGGCUUCAUCGCCAAGUGGCUGUCGUGGAGUGCUUUCGUUCCCUUUAGCCGACUCUCAUUCGGAGUGUACCUGCUGCACGUGCCCUAUUACUACAUCCGGUUGAACAUUACCAGGGAGAGGAUAUUCUUCUCACACUACAGCAUGGUGACCCAAUACUUCGGGGCGCUCGUGUCCAGCUACCUGCUCAGCUACAUCCUGUUCGUUGCCUGCGAGGCACCCACGGGCCGCAUCGAGAAGCUGCUGCUCAUGCCCAAGCGGCGGCCGCAGCUGCACGACGAAAAGAGCACCGUCCCUUACGUGGAGGACAAGAGCGACAAGCUGAGCCCGCAGAUGUUGUACAAGCCCAAGGCGGAAACGGGCCCCAACGGCACUGUGGCGCCCCCCGGCCAGUCCAGUUACCUCUGAGCAUAGACUGCGCACUCAACGCCGCCUCACUGUAUUUAUCAUCCACCGGCCGGCCCCUCCUUGUCUCGCUGAGCGCGUGUGGUGUUCGUGCACCAGUCAUGUUGGACGUCCGAAGGCUUGGUCACAUGUGUACAGAACUCACUACUAUGAAUGAGGGAGAUUAAAAAAAACAGUUGACGGUAGGUGUUUGUUUUGGGCAGAGAUGACCUUGUGAAGGAAUUUCAGUAAUUGUUUGAUAGCGGUCAAUAGCGCAGACUGGAAUAAAAAAAAAAUCAUUUUCUAUUGGAUACACAUUCGGUUGACGCGAUUCCCUGCCUUCCUCUCAUCUAUUUUUUUUUCUCUCUCUCUGAACAAUUACACACUUCGUCGCCUGCGUGAUUCAUGAUUCACGUUACAAGUUCCUGCCCUUCGGAACACCUUGGAUCUGUCGUUAGGUGCCUUCACACAGUAAUGUCAGUGAUGGCUAGCAUCAACCAUGAUUGCAUUGUUUGUAUCCUAAGGAACAAUGUCGCGAUGCAGCGCUGAUAUGAAUUGUUAGCGAUCUAAAUUUUAUUUCUCCUCUCUCUGGUCAUCUCUCUAGCAUUCUCUAUGAGCGGGCUCUUACCGCGAGGCUUUCUGCACGAAAUUAUACGUGUACCAGAAAGCGCUAUGUCUCCGCAUGCUGCGGUUACGCGGCAAAACAUUUAAACCGAACUGUCGCCACAUGCUGCAAAUUGUAGCAGUGAUCGCGGGAACUGAUUUUUGCCUUUAUUUUCCUUCCAAUUUAACUAACAUUCAGUUCUCCGCAUACUGAAAACGACAUCGGCUGCAAUAUUGCUGCGGUCGUGAGAACGGACCAGAAAGCGUAAAUCUUGAUUGUCAAGGGCAAGUCCUUACACACUUACGUUUUCGUUUCAUUUUGAUGAUGGAACUAGGUGAACCUGACUGUUUUUCUAUAUAUACAGCGACAAUCGCUUCAAAAUUAUAGCCAUAAUGAUACUACAAAUGAUGGCAAGGGUCAUAUAUUUUUUACAGAGCAAUACAAGCUCUUGAAUAGCAAUUAGGAAAUUACUACAUCCGAGAGGUUUCUGAAGUUUUCAAUGACACUAGGUACGUGAAAAAAAUGAAGUAAAAACCACAACAACGACGAUGACGAGCCCAGGUGUAGCUUUAAUCGCUCUUUUACUGUAAUAUUGAAUUGUUCACUACAACUGCUAGGCAUGUGUAUGUUUGCAUGAUUUCUGGGAAAUAUCACUGUUUAGGUGUUAUUUCCUGCUCUUCAAUACUUUCUGUUCGACAUCGCUUUGCAGGUAUGAAGGAUGGAAGCGCGAUAAAGGGCGGGCUAGCCAAUUAAUGCUCAAGAAUGAUGUCGGCUAAGAUCUAGGCGAUAAUGCAUUCAAACUGUAUAUAUCUGUGACCGCAGCUGCCAUAUUUAUCUUGUGGCCAUCUUGCGCUCACCAAUGCUAGUUCAUGUUCUAGGCUGUGUUGCGCAGCCAUAGUGUAUUAUUGUUCACCUCCAGUCCCGCGUGGUAUAUGUUCAUGUAGCAAUGUUCACAAUAUUUGUGGAAUAAAGUGUUGUUUGUUUUA